AUCAUCGGGGCUGCUCUGCGAGUGGACGGCGGUUGGUGGUACAGCCCCGCGACGGAGCGCACUGAGCUCCGGAUAUUUUGUGUUUGUGGGUGAGAAGCUCCUCUACAGCAACAAUGCUGACCGUCGGAGUAGACGUCUCUAUCCAGAGAACCUCUGGCAAGGUCCACUCGGCUAAAGUAACAGAAAUCAACGAAAAGAACCGAACGGUUACUGUUGAAUGGUUCGAAAACGGAGACACCAAAGGAAAAGAGGUUUCUCUUGCUGACAUUGUGCAGCUCAAUCCGAAAUACUUCGUCGGCGCACCUUCACCAAACCUCAGCGCUACAGGACCUCGGAUCGCCAUCGGUCAACAUCAAUAUGGUCGGACCACGCAAAUCAACGGUGCUCGCAUCGUUCCAGCGCAAAUCGACAAUGACUUCGUGGCGCCGGCUCCGCCCCAACACAAGAAGCAAAUCGCUAAGCCUGGAGCGAGUACAGGAUCUACGGUUCCCGUGGUGCCUCCGCACAGCGGAAGUCUUAACCGGGCUUCGAAUAAUACGUUCAAGCUACGAGCCUCCACCGUCACUGCGGUUCAAGAUAACAACAAUUCGAACUACGCUGUGGUGAAUAAAGCAAACAAAGAAAAGGAAGCGACUACUCCCGUGACGCCUGUCACCCCACAAGAGCCCGAGCCUCCGAAACACGCUGUCACGGACAACGGCCAAGACAAGAACGCUGGGCCCGCCAGGAAGAGCGUCGCAAUGAGCAAGGUCGACGAGAUCAAGAAGAACCGCGAGGAACGCCGAGCGAAGCAGGCGGAAGCGAUGGCUCAGAAACAAGAAAUGACCAAGAAUCAAUCGAACAACAAGAAUUGGGAGUUCGGAAACAUGAUCAAAGAGUACCGAGCCCAGCUGAAUAUUUCGGCGUUGAACAUCAACGAGCCAGUGCUGGAUCAUAAGAUCUGUGUGGCAGUCCGGAAGAGACCCUUGAACAAGCGCGAGAACGCACGUGGAGAGGUCGAUGUGAUCACCAUCCCGAACCGGGAUACGAUCCUCAUCCAUGAACCAAAAACCAAAUUAGAUCUUACUAGAUACCUUGACCAUUCGAACUUCCGGUUCGACUAUGCUUUCGAGGAAGGUGCCGACAACGAGUUGGUGUACAGAUUCACCGCGAAGCCUCUCGUCAAAACGAUUUUCGAUGGAGGCAUGGCAACUUGUUUCGCUUACGGACAAACUGGGUCCGGAAAAACCCACACAAUGGGAGGAAACUUCAGCGGGAAAGGACAGGAUUGCUCGAAGGGUAUUUACUACAUGGCCACGCGGGACAUUUUCACCCUCCUGCGACAGCCGAAGUACGCGUCGCAGAGUUUUGUGGUGACAGCUUCAUACUUUGAGAUCUACGCGGGGAAAGUGUUCGACUUACUCAACGGGAAAGAGAUGCUUCGUGUUCUUGAGGACGCCAAAGGCCAAGUACAAGUGUGCGGCUUAACCGAAAUCCCGGUUCACUCGGUCGAUGGGGUUCUUGAGCUCAUCCAGAAAGGCUCCACGGACAGAACCAGCGGACAGACGCAAGUGAACGCAAAUUCAUCUCGGUCACACGCCGUUUUCCAAAUUUCGCUCAGAAAGGCUACUCGUCUCCACGGGAAGUUCUCUCUGAUUGAUCUCGCGGGAAACGAACGUGGAGCCGAUACGGCAUCGGCCGAUCAACGCACUCGAAUGGAGGGCGCCGAGAUCAACAAAUCCCUGCUCGCUUUGAAAGAAUGUAUUCGAGCUCUGGGGAGGAAAAACGCCUCGCACACACCGUUCCGCUCGUCAAAACUGACCCAUAUUCUCAAAGAUUCGUUCAUCGGCGAGAACACGAGAACUUGCAUGAUAGCCAUGAUCUCGCCCGGAAUGUCGUCUUGUGAAAACUCGCUCAACACUUUACGCUACGCAGACCGUGUGAAAGAACUCGGUGCUGAAAAUCCCCUAGAACGUCAGGAGAGAGAGGAUCGUGAGAUGGAAAACAUAGUCGACGUCGAUCUAGAUGAGGAACUGUACGACGGCGAUCAGAUAUCAUCGGAAAUGUUAGAGUUGACCCAAGCCGUAAGCCACCUUCAGGAGCUGGAGGAGGAUUUGCUGGAGGCUCACGGGGAGAUGAUCGAGGUCUACCCCAAGUUCACUCUGCAGCUCCGCCAAAUCAUGGACAUCACCAAGAGGGUGGAUUACGAUAUGAACGAAUACGUCGGUAGAAUGACGGACCUCAUCGAAGAGAACAAGCAAUACAUCGAGCGAAUGGAGGCGCGCUGCCGAGCCAUGCGACAACAAAUGCAAGAAGAAGAAAAAAUCUCAAUGGCUAUGAAGAGGCCCCACUACUAGGAAAAAGCUUUUCCCCGGUUCAACACUCAUCAGACAUUAUUAGAACCACCGCUCGCUAAUGAGAUGAAAAUAUAGACGCCUCGGACUCCUGUUCUGCCCGUCCCCCACCCGCUAGGAGACGGAGUCAGCCAUGCGGGUCUUCGGCCGCCUCCCUAGCUCCCAGAUUAAGCUGCUUCGCUCCAGGAUUAUCUCCGGCAGCAGGGAUUACUUCCUCGAAAAAUGAGUUUAUCGGAGUUCACUCACGUUCUUCCCCAAUCUCCAAGACCGGGAUACACGGCUAAGAGUUCCUGGGAAGUAGGAGAAGGGCGUGGGAGCGAGGACUCAUUGUAGUUCUCUGCCGCCACGCCGAAAAUCUUCUCGGCGGUGUGAAUGCUCCAAUAUGGUCGCUCGAGGUUUCUGGGGGCGCCUCAUCUGUGAUGUCAACCUAAACCUUUCGGCCUCGAAGGAUGUUGCCCUCAACUGUGACAUCUUCGUGUCCAAUCCGUGUAGGUUAUCUUGAGUUCCCCAUCUACGCAGCAAGCACCCCAAAUUCGUUUUCCCCUACAUGGUGUGAAAAAAUCGGUAGGGUUCUUUGUCGGGGGACGCGAUUUUGGAUUCGAAAUUCAGAGAAAUGGUCCUUUGGUGAACAAUUUAUUCAUAUGACAGAGCAUG